GAGUGUGUACGUAUAUAAAGUGCAGUUUGCAUCCGCCGCGGGACACAUCCAGCUAUGGGAGGCGCGGGCAGCGCGGGGCCGGGCCGGGGCCGGCAGCGCGGGGCCGGGCGGCCGCAGCCCGCGCUCUGAGCGGCCUCUCCGCUCAGCCGCCCACCCCCUCCCCACCCCGCGCCCGCGGCCCCAUGGCCGAGGUUGGCGGCUUCCUGGGCGCGCUGGACCCCGACCUGCACGGCUUCCCCCCCGCGCUGGGCGCCGCGCUGCCCCUCGCCGACUCCCCCGGCUUCCUCAACGAGCGCCUGGGGCAGAUCGAGGGGCGGCUGCAGCGGGGCUCCCCCACCGACUUCGCUCACCUCAAGGGCAUCCUGCGGCGGCGGCAGCUCUACUGCCGCACCGGCUUCCACCUGGAGAUCUUCCCCAACGGCACGGUGCAGGGCACCCGGCAGGACCACAGCCGCUUCGGGAUUUUGGAGUUUAUUAGCCUGGCAGUGGGGCUGGUGAGCAUCCGUGGGGUGGACUCAGGACUCUACCUCGGCAUGAAUGAGAGAGGCGAGCUCUAUGGGUCGAAGAAGCUCACCCGGGAGUGCGUUUUCCGGGAGCAGUUUGAAGAGAACUGGUACAACACGUACGCCUCGACCCUCUACAAGCACCCCGACUCGGAGAGGCAUUACUACGUGGCUCUGAACAAGGACGGCUCCCCCCGCGAGGGGUACAGGACUAAGAGACACCAGAAAUUCACCCAUUUUUUACCCAGGCCUGUGGACCCUGCCAAAAUCCCUGCCAUGUACAGAGACCUCUUCCACUACAGGUGAUGUUUCCUGCGCUGCCCCCGUCACUGUACAUACUUGGGCUCCCAAGCUUUUUCCCAGAGCACUAUAUUAAUAGUCAUUCCAUCAUUCCUGUAAGCGUAGAUGCCGUAGGAAAGCACUUACAUUGAAUUCAGACACUGCUGUUCCUCCUUGUUUCAAGCGUAUAUCGAACCUGGGUUAUUUAUGGGGGAGGGGGUAGGGAAGGGAGGGAACCCUACGUAUAAUCUUUCCUUUUCAUUCACUUCCUUCACCCGGUCACUACAAGAGAGGCCGAGUAUUCAAUGUUCUGGUUGCUUAAAGGAACAAGCAGGUGAACAAACCUGAUCCCCAGGGAGGGGGAAAGAAACCAAAAUCAGCUAAAACUGAGGAGAAGGGAAGAAAACGACCACAGAACUGCUGCAGCUGCUGCUGCUGAGCUGGGGAUGGUGACCUGGAAGAAAACAGCCCUUUGAGCGGUGCCCUGCUUAAGCAGCCCAGGAGUUUGCUACAAGGAUGAUGCUACGUGGACUGGUCCUGACGCGUGGGGGUUUUUUCCUGCUGUUGGGGUGGGAAUGGGGCAAGGAACAUUAUUCGGAUGUAAGCAUGGAUACUGUGCAUAGGGACAAAACUAUUUAUAAAAUGUAUAUGAUAUUUAUUUUAUAUAUUUAUUUAUUUCAAAAUAAUUUUAUUUUUAAUGAGAGAUGCUAUGACCGGAUUUUCAUCAGGAAGAAUAAGGUCCUACUGAAACAGGAAAAAAAAUGAGUUUUAAGAGCUUAUUGGCAAUAAAAUUGUCUUUAUAUUGUA